UUUCACUUGUCUGCAACAUUCUUGAUAACUUCCAACAGCGCAGAUCAGCUGUGACUAACAGAUCAACCUCUCAUCCUGCUCCUGUGACAGAGAGACUCCAACAUGCUCUUCCUGUUCCUCUUCUUGUUUGGUCUGGCUCUGGGGACAGAGUCUCCCUCAAGUGACCGUCCAUUGAUGCUACAGCGUGGUAACUGUCCCCCGUUCUGGUUCAGCUUCAACAGCCGCUGCUACAAGUACGUCUCCACACAUCUGACCUGGGCUGAUGCAGAGCUCUACUGUUUGUCAGAGAAGGCCAACCUGGUGUCUAUCUACAGUCUGGAAGAACAGAACUUUGUGAAAUCCCUGAUCAAGAACUUUGACCAUGCUGAGGGACGCACCUGGAUCGGACUUAAUGAUGUCCACAAAGAAGGCAGAUGGAUGUGGUCUGAUGGAUGUGCAGUGGACUUUGUCUUUUGGGACAAAGGAGAGCCAAACAACUAUGGAGGACAUGAGGACUGUGUUCACAAUAACCAUGAUACUGGUAUGAAAUGGAAUGAUCGUCCAUGUUCUGACACUUAUCCGUCCGUUUGUGCAACUCGCAUAAUCUGCCCAUAGCAACUGAGAUGGUUGCUGACUGCAUCGGUGAAUAUUUACUU